AUGGGCAUAACUCUGGACGAAGCUUCGCUCUUGGCAUUGUUUCUAGAGGCCUUGUUUUACGGAGUGUUCCUCACUAUGUACUGGUUAACAUUGUUCAUACUACUCAAGAAAAGCGGUGUCCAACGAGACCUCCUCAUCCCAGUAGCAACCUUGCUGCUUUGUAUUGCAACGGCCCAUCUAAUCAUCGAUUUAGUUCGAGCGCUAGACGCGUUCGUAUUCAGUGUGCGUGCAAUUAGUGCGGAUGCUUACUAUUCCAACCUUGCUUCACCAUUGGAACUCGCAAAAACUGCACUUUACACCACGCAGCCCAUUGUCGCUGAUGGUGUCCUUAUUUGGCGAUGUUACGUUCUCAACAACAGUAGCCUCUUAGUUGCCAUUCCUGGUUGUAUUGUGCUGUUAACCAAUGGGGCGAUUGGGUACUAUGUUGUCUGGUCCCUUUCUCGAGCUGGUGUAGGGUCGACUGUUUACACCACUGCUCCUGGAUUGAUUACAACAUUCUAUAUUUUGACCAUACUUAUCAGUGUUGUUUGCACUACUUUGAUUGCCUGGCGCAUCUAUCGUGCUCGCCGUUCUACGCCAGACGGCCUUGUUGCUCUUUCACCCGUUUUCAUCGUCAUCGUUGAAAGUGGCGCUUUAUAUGCCACAAGUGUCCUUGCGCUCCUUCUAGCAUUCGUGACGGGAUCAAACGGCCAAUACCCUGCAAUGGAUAUUGCCCCUCCUAUUGUGGGGAUCGUAUUCUGUCUCAUCAUCCUGCAAGUACACUUGCACAUAGGAGCAACCCCCCGACCCACUAAAUCAAUAGCUUCUUGCGAGGGGAAUGCGAAUCCAUGA